AAAAAAAAAAAAAAGGUUCUCCCUCACUCCUCCCAUCCGCCAUCAUCGUCGUAGUCGUCGUCAUCGCCGUUCGCCUCAUCUCGGUUCGAAAUUCGAGUCGGGCCUGCUCUUCGAUGGUAAUCACGCACGACCCAAAGGAAUCGGACGGCUCGAUCUCCUUCCUCUCCCUGGAAUCGCGAUCCUAGCCAAAUGUAGAGGAGCAAUUACGGAGCGUGGGAUGUGACUCGUGUGAAUGAUAGGCAUGGCUAUGGAAGAUGUAACAGAGAGAUUAGCUACUUUGCAUAGAACGCGAAGGGAGCAGGAAAGAGAACGACGCCGGAUGCGGGACAGGCAAAGGAGACAGUCCAUGACUCUUGAACAGAAGGAAAAGCAUCUUGCUAGACGCCGGAGGAAUUAUCAGCUCCGAAGGGAGAGAAAACAUCAGGGAUCAGAUCAUCAAUCUGGCCAAACAGACACAGCUUUUGAGCAUGGAAAUACUGGAAGGAACAACAGACAAGUGGAUCACCUCGUUUCGCAAUUUACUGUGCAAUAUGAUCAUGCUGUUCCUGUAGGAUUUAACCAAGUUCUUCAAAACAUCAGUACUGAAAGCUUGAGGUCAAAUGGUGGCACAGAGUCUCUUACUUACGAUUUAGCUAAAAUUCAAAAAAGGCUGCGUCUGAUUCACGUUAAGCAUUUUGCCCGAUCCUUAAAGCGUCCCUUGGGUGAGCUUACUAGCAGUAAUAUCCCUAUUGUAGCAAACCUCAUCCUGAAAGGAACUACAGAGGCUAACUGUAAAUCAAUGACAGGUUUACGUCUGAAUCGUCUCAAACGGCUAGCUCGGACUUCUAAUUCUGUGCCAAAUGAGGCUUCUGAGAAGAACCACCAUGAGGAAACACAAGGGCAACAGAAGCCAGAACUUGGAGUGGUUCAGCCAAAUGGGGAUGAUAUGUCAAAAAUGCCGACUGACAAUGUUGCAAUUGAAGAUAAAAAAUGCUCUGAUGGAAAUCAUGAAUGACUCGACUCUUAAAUCAUGCCAUGUCCUAAUGGAUUGAUAUACGAGGGGAGUUUCUUGGUCAGGAAAGCUGAAUUAGUUGAUUUUCUGUCUGCUGGAUUCUCCUAUGGAAGUGAUGGAAGCUGGAGAGGAGCAGUUGUUGUAAGUUUUCGGUCUGGCAACUAUUCUUAGCAUAGGGCUUGGUAGUUGGUAUGUUGCAGUGAAUCUAACCAAAACAAGAUCCAGGGUUACUUGCCACCAUAACAAAUCAUUCUCACAUGGCAAGAACAUAAUUAAUAAAUGCCAACAAACGUUGAAUUAUCUAGUCCUUAUGCAGCCCUUUUCUUCCGAAGUAUUCGAAGUCUAUUAUAACCAUUUCCAUAAGGUUAGGCGGCAUGCAUUGUUGGUGUUCUGUAGAUUUUGUUCCUAAAGAUAUUACAUUAAAAUUUUCCAGUCAUUCAUCACUUCCACGAAAUCUCGAACUGCAUGUUCUACGAUAACUUCCAGAAUCUUUCGCUACUCAGCAUUCGAUGUUUUAUGAAUUUUACUCGCGAAAUUUUGGUCUGAGAGGUUGCUGUCUGUCCAAGGUUCUGUCCUUAUCAAGGCAUUACAAGCCGUAGUUCUCAAACCUCCAUGACCGUUGAUGCUGACUUCUAUGGCAGGAAUAAUGCAGAAGAUUGGGUGAAAGAACAACCUGAUGCUUACAGUGUAGGGCAAGUCUCUUCUUGACAGAUAGGUAUACACAGUAUUAGGAAAAACUGUUUAGGUAGCUUACUUCUAUUCUUUCAUUUGGUCACAGCCACAGGUUGGCUUUUCAUAUAUUCUCUCUCUCUAUCUUGAAGGGAUGAUUUGAUAUGCAAUUGGGUCAGUUGAGAAUACUGAU